UAGUACUAAAGUGUUCAGUCUCAUAAUGCCGACUCGACCAGUCUUGCACGACACGAUACGACUAUCGAUCACGAAUCCUGUGCAAGAUUAGAGCACGUAGAAAUCAGAUCCGCUAGAUUGAUGACAAUAACUGAUUAAAGUGAACCUGCUACAUUGCUAGUAAUAUGGAAGAAAACGCUGAUAUGGCGAAUUCAAAAUCUGGAAGGAGUGCGAGCAGACUAAGAAGAGUGCAAUCAAGUGGGGGCAAGAGAGGAAGGAGGCCCUCUAGAGUUGAUCGUGAUGCCAAAUUGGAGAGGAGCAGACAAAGUGCAAGAGAAUGCCGUGCACGGAAGAAGCAGAAAUACCAGCUGCUAGAAGAGACUGUUGCAGGAAAGGAGAAACAGAUAGUAGUUCUUAGAGAGAAACUUGAAAAGUACAAGAACUUUUGUCAGCUGAUGGACAAUGGAGAGAUUCCAGUCGACAUUCACCGGACCCUGCACGCAGAUGAAGCUCAAGCUGUCAAAGAAGCGGAAGCAGCGAUGCGACCUGGCACAUCAAAGACUAAUGGUCACCAGCCAGGAAUGAAACCCAUUUUUGAUUCCAGUAGUGAUGAGGACUUAGACUGAUCUACCCCUCGUCAGGUGGGCCAUGAUUGAGAACACUGCUGUGAUAGAUGAUGUUAACUUUCCAACCUGCACCAGAGGUCAUGGUCUGAUUUAACCAAACCUCUUUAUCACCAACUAACGCUAGUAUUGAUUAUUCUUGGACAAAGCAGCUCAUAGCAUUUUAUGAAGCAGGACUCUCUUGACUCUUGUAGAUGAGAUCAAAUCAUGGAAUGUUGGUCUGGAUGAAUGCAAUCAUUGAAAUAGCCAAGAAAGAUUUGAAGCAUAUAAAAUCAUGUCUACAUGUAUAUGUGACAUUAGGUGAUAUAGGACCAAACUACAUGACACGUGUGCAUUACAUGUAGAUCAUAUGAUCAAUGAUUUAUCACUUUGAUGCACAUUUUUUAUUGAUAUUCCUAGAACAUGGAAAUCUAGGACUGUGUCAGACCGACUGGUCCACUGAGGAAUGACAGAUGCUGCCAGUCACUGGUGCCAUUUCUUCUAGACCAGUAGAACACUACUAUUAAAAGAAAAACAAUUACAGCGUCACUAAAGAUCAUUAAUAUCACAUACUUUUUAAUAUUUCAUUCUCUAGAUCUUUACAUUCAGUUUUCACAUGAUACUAUAUUUCACACCAUAGCUUUGACUGACUGACAUAGGUGCAUAGGACGGUAUGUCCCUUCGCUCUCCUACGGGUGAUCCUUUUCCAUUCAGUUCUACCCAGGGCUGGGUCUUCAGAAUCCAAUAGAGGUAGACCCAUAUCUUGUCUGACUUGGUCCCUCCAUCUGGAAGGGGGACGUCCUGGUGUUCUCCCCUUGUCAAAGUCACUUCUGUAUGCCUGAACUGGAAAGCGAUUUUGUAACAUACGGCAUAUGUGCCCAAACCACCUCGGGCAUUUUUUUGUAGCUUCCUCACGUAGCUUUACUUUUGAUUGAUUAAAGGUUUGAAAUUCAUACAUA